AUGCGGUUAGAAAAACACCCUCUUAAAGACGACCCGUUACCUGUUCAAACAGGAGAAAGCACUGUUAAGGCCUUGCAACGGUGGUUCAGUACUUUCCCUAAGCCUCAGUCUAUCCAGUCAGACAAUGGCUCUCGCUUUACUGCCAAGGUUGUACAAGAUUGGGCAAAAGAGAAAGGAAUUCAAUGGAUGUUCCACACUCCAUAUUAUCCUCAAGCCAACGGAAUAGUGGAACGCGCUAAUGGUCUUCUCAAACGAUUCCUCAAACCCCAUGAGUCAAGGAGCAGCCCACCGGGGACGCCAUCGCAGACCAUACUGAAGAUACACGUGGAUAUCAGUAUUUUGCAUUGUACUGCCUCCCGCCGUUGCCCCGGCAACGCCCAGACCUCGCCAACGGCUCUCGCGAGAUGUGAGCGGCUCCCGCUCGGCUGUGUUCGGCCCCGCUCGCUUCCUCUCGGCUCUGCUCGGGAGCACUCGGCUCCGCUCUAUCUCGCUCGGUUUCUCUCGGCUUUGUUCGGCCCCGUUCGGCUGUGCUCGGCCCUGCUCUGUUCCCCUCGUUUCCGCUCGGCUCUGUUCGGCCCCGCUGGGCUCUGCUCGGCCCUGCUCUGUUCCCCUCGUUUCCGCUCGGCUCUGCUCGGUCCCGCUCGGCUCUGCUCGGCCCCGCUCUACUCUUUUCGGCCUCGCUCGGCUCUGUUCGGCCCCGCUCGUCUCUGCUCGGCCCCGCUCUACUCUUUUCGGCCUCGCUCGGCUCUGUUCGGCCCCGCUCGGCUCUGCUCGGCCCCGCUCUACUCUUUUCGGCCCCGCUCGGCUCUGUUCGGCCCCGCUCGGCUCAGCUCGGCCCCGCUCGGCUCGGGUCGCCCUCAUGCGCUGCACCGAGGUCCCGGUUCCGGUGCCCCGGCCGUGCCGGGCAGCCGCUCGGUGUCCCGCGGGUCCUCUCUGUCCGGGCAGGGCGCGGGGCCGCGCAACCGGACGCUGUGCGAGCUGGCAGCGGCGCUCAGCCUGGGCGGCACGGCGCUGGGCUUCGCCGCCCCGCUGCUGCUCGUGGCCGUCUGCUGCUGCUGCGUGGCCGGCGCCGUCCGCCGGCACCUCCGGCGGCGGCUGCUGCGGCUGCUGGCGGCGCUGGUGGCCGUCCUCGCCGGCUGCUGGCUGCCUUUCCACCUGCUCAAGAGCCUCUUCGCGUUGGCGGCCGCCGGGCUGCUGGGGCUGCCCUGCGCGCUGCUGGGGCUCAUCGCCCGCCUGCACCCCUACGCCUCCUGCCCGGCCCACCGCAACAGCUGCCUCAACCCGCUGCUCUGCGCCUUCCUCGACGGCCGCUUCCGCGCCCGCUGCCGCCUGCCGCUGGGGCCGCGCCGCUCGCCCGCCGCCUGCCCCACGCUCAGCGGCCCCCCGCAGCGCUCCGAGCUGCCCCCGGCCACCACCAAGCUCUAG